UCCGGGCGCAAAGGCCCCACGUGUUCCGACCUGCUAGGCCCCGCGCGGCUCGGAUCCGGCGGCGCUGUUUCGGUCGGGAGUCCGUGGGAGAGAAGCCGGGGCAGGGGAGGAGCCGCCGGAGCUGUCGGAGCCGUGACACCCAGGGCAGCUACACUCAGAAGCCACAAGGAAUGCUAGUGGAGCCCCUCAUCCCUCCCAGCUUCUCUUCCAAGCUGCCCCGUGGGGCUUGAUCCAGGAAGCUACUUCAGAAAGCUAUACCCUUUUUGUACUCUGUGUAUAUACUAUAUUGCAGUAGACAAUCAUUCCAAGGGUACAACAAGGUUUACCACAAUGUGAGGGACUCAGCCAUUGCAAAUUGUACAGAUGAGGGCCCUUGGAAGAAAAUCCUCGCUGUGUCCAGGCUGAGGCGGGGGGCUAAUGACAGUGUGAGCUCUAGAUGGUGUGAGACCACCCCAAAGCCAAGAAAUGGCUACAGCCGUGGAACCAGAGGACCAGGAUCUUUGGGAAGAAGAGGGAAUUCUGAUGGUGAAACUGGAAGAUGAUUUCACCUGUCGGCCAGAGUCUGUCUUACAGAGGGAUGACCCGGUGCUGGAAACCUCCCACCAGAACUUCCGACGCUUCCGCUACCAGGAAGCAGCAAGCCCUAGAGAAGCUCUCAUCAGACUCCGAGAACUUUGUCACCAGUGGCUGAGACCAGAGAGGCGGACAAAGGAGCAGAUCCUAGAGCUGCUUGUGCUGGAACAAUUUCUUACCGUCCUACCUGGAGAACUACAAAGCUGGGUGCGGGGCCAACGGCCAGAAAGUGGCGAGGAGGCAGUGACGCUGGUGGAGGGUUUGCAGAAACAACCCAGGAGACCAAGGCGGUGGGUGACUGUCCAUGUUCACGGCCAGGAAGUCCUGUCAGAGGAGACGGUGCAUUUAGGAGCGGAGCCUGAGUCACCUAAUGAGCUGCAGGAUCCUGUGCAAAGCUCGACCCCCGAGCAGUCUCCUGAGGAAACCACACAGAGCCCAGAUCUGGGGGCACCGGCAGAGCAGCGUCCACACCAGGAAGAGGAGCUCCAGACCCUGCAGGAGAGCGAGGUCCCAGUGCCCGAGGACCCAGACCUUCCUGCAGAGAGGAGCUCUGGAGACUCAGAGAUGGUUGCUCUUCUUACUGCUCUGUCACAGGUGUGCCCUAGUUACCUCUGUACCACAGAGAAUUUGUUUGAAGAACCACUGGGCAUAAGCCAUACUGAACAGGGACUGGUAACGUUCAAGGAUGUGGCCGUAUGCUUUUCCCAGGACCAGUGGAGUGAUCUGGACCCAACACAGAAAGAGUUCUAUGGAGAAUAUGUCUUGGAAGAAGACUGUGGAAUUGUAGUCUCUCUGUCAUUUCCAAUCCCCAGACCUGAUGAGAUCUCCCAGGUUAGAGAGGAAGAGCCUUGGGUCCCAGAUAUCCAAGAGCCUCAGGAGACUCAAGAGCCAGAAAUCCUGAGUUUUACCUACACAGGAGAUAGGAGUAAAGAUGAGGAAGAAUGUCUGGAGCAGGAAGAUCUGAGUUUGGAGGAUACACACAGGCCUGUUUUGGGAGAACCAGAAAUUCACCAGACUCCAGAUUGGGAAAUAGUCUUUGAGGACAAUCCAGGUAGACUUAAUGAAAGAAGAUUUGGUACUAAUAUUUCUCAAGUGAAUAGUUUUGUGAACCUUCGGGAAACUACACCCGUCCACCCCCUGUUAGGGAGGCAUCAUGACUGUUCUGUGUGUGGAAAGAGCUUCACUUGUAACUCCCACCUUGUUAGACACCUGAGGACUCACACAGGAGAGAAACCCUAUAAAUGUCUGGAAUGUGGAAAAAGUUACACACGAAGCUCACAUCUUGCCAGGCACCAAAAGGUUCACAAGAUGAACACGCCUUAUAAAUAUCCCCUAAACCGGAAGAAUUUGGAAGAGACCUCCCCUUUGACACAGGCUGAGAGAACUCCAUCAGUGGAGAAACCCUAUAGAUGUGAUGAUUGCGGAAAACACUUCCGCUGGACUUCAGACCUUGUCAGACAUCAGAGGACACAUACUGGAGAAAAACCCUUCUUUUGCACUAUUUGUGGCAAAAGCUUCAGCCAGAAAUCUGUGUUAACAACACACCAAAGAAUCCACCUGGGAGGCAAACCCUACUUGUGUGGAGAGUGUGGUGAGGACUUCAGUGAACACAGGCGGUACCUGGCGCACCGGAAGACGCACGCGGCUGAGGAACUCUACCUCUGCAGCGAGUGCGGGCGCUGCUUCACCCACAGCGCGGCGUUCGCCAAGCACUUGAGAGGACACGCCUCAGUGAGGCCCUGCCGAUGCAACGAAUGUGGGAAGAGCUUCAGUCGCAGGGACCACCUCGUCAGGCAUCAGAGAACACACACGGGGGAGAAACCAUUCACGUGCCCUACCUGUGGAAAAAGCUUCAGCAGAGGAUAUCACUUAAUUAGGCAUCAGAGGACCCACUCAGAAAAGACCUCCUAGCUAGGUCCCCAUGUGAGGAGAUCUGCUUUCAGCCCUCACCUGAGGGAGGUGAGGAAGAGGAAAAGCCCUCUUGUCAGCCUGGGAAGACCUUUUCGAGGGAGUCUCCCUGACCUGCUCACAUCUGACAUCACCUCUUCCUGCAACUAAACACAAGCCUGGGCAGAACCUCUCAGCCUUCUUCUACGCCUUGAGGGGAUGUUUCAUCCAAAGUACAACCUGAAUUGAGGCUUCUCCUUCACUGGAGUGCGCCUGCCUCUACCUCAUGGGUAUAAAGUAGGAGAACUAAGAGACUUAAGAGGUCGUGGUUCCUAUAUCGUCCAAAAAAUAGGCUGUUACAUAUCCUAAAGACUGCUCAACAGCUUCGAGUUGAAAGUGGCCAAGGACAGCCCCUUAGGUUUGGGAAGGGACGAGCCUGAAGGAUUCUGUCUUUACUGGGGUCAAAUCUUAAAGCACACAGCUCUGGACUCAAGACAGGAGGUUUGCGUCCUGAUGGCUUUGCCACACAUUCACAGGAUAACUGCGUGGAUCCCUCGCUGUCUGAUUCACUUCUUACCAUGCACUUUCCUUUGAUGCUGGGGAGAAAUGGAAGUGGGCGAAAAAAUCUCAAGGCUGCUUCAUGUGGACCUUGUCAAGCUGCUCCCUCCCCCAGCGUCAAAUUGUUAUCAGGUGCCAAACACUGCUAGAAAGGAGGGCCUAGUCAGAAGCCUCUUUCCAUACGAGUUUUGGUUUUGUUUUUAACAUUUUUUUCUAUUAAAAUGCUCAUGCAUUUAACCUUCCCGUUAUUCAACCAGUCUCUUGGUUGCAUCCCUAGCACUUCUACUACAAGUGAGAUGGUAGUGUUUGAGUGCUUAUUGAGUAAAGCAUAAUUCGGUCAUAAUGAAAUUGUUCACAUUCCCUCAUACGCACAAGCCCACCAACCCCUUCACACCCCCCUUCACAGGGGUCGUAUGAGUAAGGGGAUUUGGAAACUGUCAACUUACAAAGGCACUGUAACAAUUACAGAGUCAUGAUUGCCAUGAGCCACUUUAUUUACAUGAAGACAACUGGAGAACGACUUAAGACCGAAUUAUGGAAAAUAAGAAAAAGCUGUUGCUGGCAAGACCAUCAAGACUAUUCUGACACCCUGUCCCCAUCAUCCCUGACUGAGUACUCUGACAUCACGGAAAGUGUUGAACCUGGGACCCUGAGGAAUUCACCAGGAGUAAAUGGCUUUCAUGUA